AAACGUAACAUUUCGUAUUCUUUUCUUCAAAAUGGAAGCCACCACGAGCUCUCCGCCGAGCGAAAAGAAAAAAGAAUCACUCAAAGAAAGUGUUACAUUCAAGUCACUUGGUGUUGUAGAUGUGCUCUGUGAGGCUUGUGAGAAGCUAAAAUGGAAGACACCGUCAAAGAUUCAGACAGAGGCACUUCCCGUGGCAUUACAAGGUAAAGAUGUGAUUGGUCUAGCAGAGACAGGGUCCGGGAAGACCGGUGCCUUUGCCUUGCCCAUCCUCCAAGCCUUACUGGAUACCCCUCAGAGAUUGUUUGCUCUCAUCCUGACUCCAACGAGAGAACUCGCCUAUCAGAUCUCAGAACAGUUUGAAGCCUUGGGCUCCACCAUUGGGGUGUCUUGUGUGGUAAUUGUCGGAGGUAUUGAUAUGGUGACACAAGCACUUCAGUUGGCUAAGAAACCCCAUAUUGUAAUUGCUACACCUGGUCGUCUAGUAGAUCAUCUGGAGAACACAAAAGGUUUCAAUCUUAGAGGUCUCAAAUACUUGGUAAUGGAUGAAGCUGAUCGGAUUCUUAACAUGGAUUUUGAGGCUGAGAUCGACAAGAUACUCAAAGUCAUUCCAAAGCAGAGAAGAACUUAUCUAUACUCAGCUACCAUGACAAAGAAGGUUGCAAAGCUUCAGAGGGCGUCACUUCAGGAUCCUGUCAAAGUUGAAGUCUCAACAAAGUACCAGACAGUUGAUAAACUCCAGCAGAGCUAUAUAUUCAUCCCAGCAAAAUACAAGGAUUGCUAUCUUGUGUCUAUCUUGAAUGAGUUAGCUGGGAACUCAUUCAUGGUUUUCUGUAGUACAUGUAACAACACACAACGAGUAGCGUUGCUUCUCAGGAAUCUAGGUCUCACAGCUAUACCACUACAUGGACAAAUGAGCCAGUCCAAACGGCUUGGUACGCUCAACAAGUUCAAAUCAAAGAGCAGAUCGAUCCUGAUAGCAACUGAUGUAGCAAGCAGAGGACUUGACAUACCCCAUGUAGACUGUGUUAUUAACUUUGACAUUCCAACUCAUUCAAAGGAUUAUAUUCACCGAGUUGGAAGGACGGCUAGAGCAGGUAGAGCAGGCAAGGCUAUCACCUUUGUUACACAAUACGAUGUUGAACUGUACCAGAGGAUAGAACAGCUGAUUGGCAAGAAGCUUCCUCUAUUCAAGAUGGAGGAGGAGGAGGUUAUGAUGCUGAUGGAGAGAGUGACCGAGGCGCAGAGAUAUGCUAAGAUGGAGAUGAAAGAUUCUGAUGAGAAGAAGAAAGGUCGCAGCAGAGGUCACGAUACAAUGGAAGAUAGCGAAGAGUUCUCAGGCGUCAGGAAACGUAUGAAGGUCAAACACAAGGGCCGGAGGUGAAAGUCAGACACAAGGUCAAAUGCAGAGCUCCAAAAGAAUAUAUCGAACUUCAGCAAAUAAAGCCAACAUGUAUGAACUUGAUUCAUAUUGACAGAUUCAUGCGAUGGUCCACGGAGCAUAUAUGAAGGAAGAUCCAAGCUUGAUUCUUUUAUGUCCUUGGAGAGCAUUUCAUCAAUAUUUUUCGUCUGAAAAGUUGUACUGCGAGAUCUGACAUUUUUAUUUCAUUUUAAUUGGCUGGGAAGCAAAAUGUGGAUGGUAACUGUUGGAUAAAACAUACUUUGUCAAAUAAAUCCAACCAGUAUUUUCAUGAAAUGCUCCACAUAAUUUCAAUAUCAUGUCAUCUUAUUUCAAUGCAAAUGAUUUUCCCCCGAUGUUUUCAGCUGAUAAACUGCAUCCUCUAUCAAAGAUAGCCCAAAUUUGACUUUUCAGGGAUAAAGAUGAAGACAGAACAGAAUUGUAGAAUGCGAGCAGUCUUUAGGACCUAAGAUUUGAAGGCCCUAAUGAAUCUCUAGACAUUGACUCAUAAUUUGCCACUCUCCAUCCAGGUGUAGCAAACAAGUACACCAUAGGAAGAAAUUCCUUGAGUGCUUGAGCAGCGCUUAGAAACAUUGCAUUAAGCGCUAUGUAAAUGUUGCAUGUUAUUAUCAUUAUUACUUUUAUUAUCAAAGUCUGUUUAAGAAUUGUAAGGAUACAAACAAUCUUAACUUCCUUUUACUAUUUAUAAUAUUUUACUUGUUUCACUUGUUAAUGUCAUUUUGAUUGAGGGGAAGUCAAUCAUGUGUAAGUGAUAAUAUCUUUAGAAAUUACAUCAUACCAUCUGAUGGUCAUAACAUGUUUUUUUUUUUUACUGAUGACUGUCCGGUGGUUUGGGGGGAGAGACCUGUGCCCGACUAGUAAAAUAAGGAAAUGUGAAAUGAAUUCAGUGUCACCAAUGAAAAUAUCAAAAUAAAUUCAAUCAAGAAAACUGAAAAAGCCUGCAUUCUAAUCUUAUUUCCAUACUCUUUGUGUGAGUAAAGGCUUGAAAUUUCAUAUCAUACUAAUAUGAUGAAUUUAGGUCUUGAAAACUUUAAUAUUCAGAGUCUUCCAUGACACUGAACUUCUUAUGUAUUUCAUUAUUCAGUGCCCUGACCGAUGCUGGCGGUCACUGGUUGACCGGUCAGUUCGACUCUGCCCUAACAUAUGACCAACUACUUGUAAAUUGUUUUACUGUAUAUGAUGGACAUACUUUGUAACAUAACAUAAAAUAUUUGUUAACUUUUAAUGGUUAUAAUUUAAUCUUGGAGUUUGUAGAGAAAUAA